CUACGUGUAGGUAGUAAGAUGGCUCCUCCGGCUCCCGGUCCAGGCCCGGCCCCCGGCGGCCCAGGGGAGGUGGACGAACUAUUCGAUGUGAAAAACGCCUUCUACAUCGGCAGCUACCAGCAGUGUAUCAACGAAGCGCAGCGCGUCAAGCUUUCUAGCCCGGAAAAAGAAGUUGAAAGAGAUGUCUUCUUGUACAGAGCUUACCUUGCACAGAGAAAGUAUGGUGUGGUACUGGAUGAGAUUAAAGCCACCUCCUCUCCGGAGCUCCAGGCUGUCCGCAUGUUUGCAGAGUAUCUCUCCAGUGAAAGCCAGAGAGAGGCAAUUAUUGCAGACCUGGACCGAAAGAUGGCCAAAAAUGUUGACGUGGCCAAUACUACCUUCUUGUUGAUGGCGGCUUCUAUCUAUUUCCAUGACAAGAACCCUGACGCCGCCCUGCGCACACUGCACCAGGGAGAAAGCUUGGAGUGCAUGGCCAUGAUUGUGCAAAUACUCCUGAAGCUGGACAGAUUGGACCUAGCCCGCAAGGAACUAAAGAAGAUGCAGGAGCAAGAUGAGGACGCCACUCUGACGCAGCUAGCCACUGCCUGGGUCAACCUGGCCAUGGGUGGUGAGAAGCUUCAGGAUGCCUAUUACAUCUUCCAAGAGAUGGCUGAUAAGUGCUCCUCCACCCUGCUCCUACUCAAUGGCCAAGCAGCCUGCUAUAUGGCCCAGGGCAAAUGGGAAGAUGCCGAGGGAGUUCUCCAAGAGGCCCUUGACAAGGACAGCAGCCACCCGGAGACCCUCAUCAAUUUCAUUGUCUUGUCCCAGCACCUGGGGAAGCCCCCUGAGGUCACGAAUAGAUACUUGUCACAACUGAAAGAUGCCCACCGAUCCCACCCAUUCAUCAAAGAAUACCAGAGCAAGGAAAAUGAUUUUGACCGGCUGGCUCUGCAGUACGCUCCCAGCGCAUGAGAAGGGCCACAGGGGGCUCAUGGAGGACCCCUGAGCUCUCCUCCCCAAGAAGGGAAGAAAACCCAAUUGGACAGCCUGUUCCUAAAGCAGAGCAAUCGUCUGUCCACGCAGGACCAUUGUUUUCAGAGCCAGUGUGCUCCCUUUAUUGCAGGUUCUCCCCAGCCUCCAUUAAACUCCUUCUGAGGACUCUGGCCACAACCCAGGAGCUGAGCCAGGCUUCUGACUUUGUUCAAUAAAGGCUCUUUAGCAAAGGA